GGAAAACGGGCGCCAUUACCCGGCAUAUUCAAAACGGGACGUGUCUUUCUUCGUCCCUGUGUAAACUGAAGCAAAGAAAUGGAAGAGGAACAACUGACAGCCCCCCCCUCAACAGAAACACAUCCUAUAAUCCAGUGUAUAUGUCAAGAUGAUCUUGAGGAGCUCCAAAAAUUACUGAAGGACAAUUAUAUUAAUGAGGUUUACCCCUGUACAGAGUGUAAUGAUUAUAUAACCCCACUGAUUGCUGCUGUUGUAAAUCACAACACAGAUAUAUGUAUGUACCUACUGCAUCAGGGUACAGACCCAAAUAUACUUUCUCAACUUUGUUGGACACCUUUGCAUUCUGUCUCACUAUCCAAAGCACCACUUUUUUUUGUGUCUCUAUUGCUUGAGGCAAAAGCUAGUCCAAAUAGUUGGAGUUCUACUCCAGUGCAACAACAGAAAUUCACACCACUGCAAAUUGCUGCCAUUGAAGGCAGGGAGGAUGUCAUGAAAAUGCUCAUCUCUGCUGGUGCCCUGGUGGCAUUGCUGCCCAUGAAUGAUCCUCAAUGUCUUAUUCACAAUAAAAAAAUAUCUCAGAUGAUUAAUGACUUUGCAUCAGAUGGAGAUAAAGUGUGUUCCCAAGACAAACAUUUUAUAGAUAUUAAAAUUGCCCUUGGUGAAAAAACACCCGAAGAAGUGCUCAGUAUUUUCAGCAGUCACAUGCUGUUGGAGGAGCCACAGUGCCAUCUGGCCUUGAUUGAAAUGCUCUUUACUCUUAAAAGACCAGAUUCAGUUAAAUACAGACAGGGAUGUAUUAAAUGGCUGAAGGAAACUGAAAAUGUGAACACCUACAUUGCAGGUGCAACCAGUCGCUUUCCAAACAUUCCUAAGACACAUGUAAGGAGGGCACUUGAUAGUUUAAAUGCAGUUUUCUGCACGAUGGAUGACAUAUCAAAUGAGCAAGCACUGGAUGUAGUUCCCCACCUACUGGAACAGCUUAGCUUAAAAGAGAGACCUGAUGUCUAUAAAGUAGUGCUACAAACACUGUAUGUGAUAACACAGAAAACAAAAGGCACAAAGGACUGGCACUUCAACUUUUUGGAGAAGUUAUGCAAAACCAUUGCUCUUUUUGUAAAUGAGAAGCUCCCCACUAACAUCAGAGUCUACACAUACGGCAUAUUUGCCAACCUGAUAUUAGUUGAACAAGCAGCUAACAUUUUUACAUCAGUGGGCAUAACUUCAGUGCCUGAAGACAUACUGAUAUCUGCUGAUAUGAAGAUGAAUGACAAGCUGAAAGAAGUGCUGAGAUGUCUCAAAAAUUAUUUGACCCAACCAAACUCAGAAUGUGAAGGACAUACAGCCUCACCUGGAGCCGGGGAAAAAAAAGAAAGGCAAGAAGACCCAAACGAUCAAGUUUGCUCUGCAGAAACUAAUCCAACAACAGUUCCUGUUCCAGAAACAGCUUCAGAUUUAAAGCCUUUUGACUACAACACCUAUGAAAAAGCACAACAACAAAACUGGUUUCCAGUCAGCAAGAGGUGGAAGGAGAAACUGGAGAAGCUCAGCACAGACAAAAGCAAAAUAUCCAGAAUCGGAAGCAUUAUGUAUGUGAAUGAUGCAGAAUUCCGUAUAGCGAAGGGAAGCGAUGGCACUGAAGUCUUCUUGGGGCUGAGAGAUGACGGCACAGAAGUCGCCAUUAAGAGAAUGCUUAAAAGCAACUAUGAAGUGCUGAAGAAUGAGGAAGUAAUUCUACGACAUCCAGAGCUCGAUCUUCCUUAUAUUGUACGAUAUGUUGAUGCUGCGGAGGACGAGAACUUUGGAUAUCUUUGUCUGCAACUUUGUGAAUACACCUUGGAAGAAUAUAUCAGAAAUAAUGACUGUCACCCACUGAUGUUAAAGAAACUUGUUAAACAAGUUCUUGAAAGCCUGAAGGUGCUUCACUGUGGAAAUCCUAAAAUUCUCCACCGAGAUCUCAAACCACAGAACGUUUUGAUUGAUGUUACUGGGAGGGCGAGAUUAGCUGAUUUUGGCAUAAGCAGACAUUUACUCAAAGGCCAAACAACUUUACGUACAGGCAGUGCAGGAACCAAAUGCUGGAUGGCUCGAGAGACUUUGGCAGAAGAAUCUGUCAUAUCAUACAAGUCAAGCAGUGAUAUACAGGUGGCAGGAAUGGUGGUUUAUUACAUCCUCUCUGGAGGCCACCAUCCGUUUGGCGAAAUAAUCUGUAAACGUGAUUCCAACAUUUACGAUGGGAAGUACAGUUUGGAUCAUGUCCCAGAUGUGGUGGCAAAGGAUCUCAUCGAGUGGAUGAUCAACAACGAACCAAAGGACAGACCCAAAGUAGAAGAAUGCUUAAGCCAUCCGUUCUUCUGGACUUCUGAAAAGCAAUUUGAAUACCUGAGAAAGAUAGGUAACAGAGAGGAGGCAGCAAACUGUCGAAAGGCUGAUAAGGAGCUGAUUGGUUCACUAGAAACAUGUGCUGUGGAUAGAUCCUUUAAACAGUGGAAAAAUAAGUUUCCACAAGAGCUGCUUCAGAAGGUGGACAGCAAAAAAAAGCCCUACCCUGAAAACACUCUGGGAUUAUUGCGCUUUAUACGCAAUCUCCAUGAGCAUUAUGCCAAGGACGCAGCCCAAAUUGAUGUAUUGGCUUUAUUUCCUGAUCUCUUCGGAUGUAUUUACAAAUUUGCCAAGAUACACAGCUGGAAUUCAGAGACACCCUUGAGGGAAAUGUUUCAAACAGAAGACAGCGAAGACAUAAGCACCACCUUUGCAGCAACUUCCGCCAGUACCAAGGCGAUUCUUGGCAUCCCAGUUCAAGACUCUCAGAAUAAUGAUUUGAAAUGAAGUUGAAUACUGUACAAUUAUGAAGCAAGAUCUG